CUGUUUAUCUUUAAGAAUAUAUAUAGUUAAUCAUUAAUACUAUCUUAUCACUUGUCGUUUUCGUUUAUGUGAGAAACGGUUUUGGACCAUCAUUUGAAUCAGAACCUUUGGCGCUACAACAACCUUAAAAUGAAAAAUACUGGAAAACUACGGGGGAAAACUCUGUUUAUCACAGGCGCGUCCCGAGGAAUCGGAAAAGCCAUUGCACUUAAAGCUGCUCGCGAUGGAGCCAACAUAGUUAUCGCAGCAAAGACUGCAGCGCCGCAUUCCAAGCUGGAGGGCACCAUCUACACCGCUGCAAACGAAAUCGAAAGGGCAGGAGGUCGAGCGCUCCCUUGCAUAGUCGACGUGCGUGAUGAGCAACAGGUGCUUCAGGCAGUGGAGGCCGCCGUGGCCAUGUUUGGGGGCAUCGAUAUCGUGGUUAAUAAUGCCAGUGCCAUUUCUUUAACGGGCACUUUGGACACAGAAAUGAAGCGGUACGAUCUUAUGCAAAAUAUAAACACUAGGGGUACAUUUCUAGUGUCAAAGUGCUGUCUCCCGUAUUUACUUAAAAGUGAAAAUCCGCACAUUCUAAACCUAUCGCCUCCCCUAAAUUUAAACCCGCUUUGGUUUGCCAACCAUACUGCGUAUACCAUCGCCAAGUACGGCAUGUCAAUGUGCGUAUUGGGCAUGUCAGAAGAAUUCCGCAGUCUGGGCGUCGCUGUGAAUGCACUCUGGCCACGUACCACAAUCCACACAGCAGCGGUGGAAAUGCUCCACGGACCUGAAGGAGCCCUUUAUUCCCGUAAACCCGAAAUAAUGGCAGACGCGGCUUAUGCGAUAAUCUGCCGGGACGCAAGGGAUUACACCGGACAUUUUUUUAUUGACGACGAAGUUCUUGCCGACGUUGGUGUAAAAGAUCUUAUAAAGUAUGCUUGCUACCCUCAAAACAUUCACCUUUUAUCUACGGAUAUAUUUCUAGACGAUACUGGGCCAAUCGCCAAAUUGUAAAAAAUAGCAGCUAUUGUUUAUUGUAAAUAAAAGAAUGUAAAUAUGA